CCUUUUGAUGCCACAGUCAAGUACGUCCUUGAAGGUCACGACAGAGGUGUAAACUGGGCUGCUUUUCAUCCCACCCUGCCUCUUAUUGUCUCCGGUGCAGAUGACCGCAAAGUAAAGCUGUGGCGUACCAAUGGUAACUAAUAUUAUUUUGAAAUACCAAAAGGUGAGUUAGUGAUGAGUGUUUUCUAAUCAAAAAUAUUAAAAAAAAAUUGCAGAAACUAAAGCAUGGGAAGUGGAUACACUGCGAGGGCAUUCGAGUAACGUUUCGUCAGUUAUGUUCCACGCGAAACAUGACUUAAUUGUAUCCAACUCGGAGGAUAAGAGCAUCCGUGUCUGGGACGCUACCAAGCGAACUGAAAUCAAGACUUUCCGUCGCGAAAACGAUAGAUUCUGGAUACUCGCAGCUCAUCCCGAGACGAAUCUACUAGCAGCCGGACACGACAGCGGAUUGAUCGUCUUCAAACUUGAAAGAGAGCGUCCUGCGUUUGCUUUGAGUGGUGAUUCUUUGCUCUACGCCAAGGAUGGUUUUCUGCGUCGCUACGAAUAUUCAACUCAGAAAGACUCCCAAGUUAUCCCUAUACAGCGUCGUACUCCUGACAGUUCUCCAAGCUUGAAUCAGAGUCCUCCUCCAAGGACUCUAUCAUACAGUCCGACGGAAAAUGCAGUUUUGAUCAGCUCAGAUCUUGAUGGCGGUUCUUACGAGCUGUACAUCAUACCAAAAGAUAGGAGUGAGGAUGCGAAGAGGGGGACUGGUGGUGGUUCUGCGGUAUUCAUCGCCCGUAAUCGGUUUGCUGUUCUCGAUAAAAGCACCGGCCAGGAGGAGGUGGUGGUGGUGCUAGUAGUGAAGAAUCUAAAGAACGAGGUGGUUAAAAAGAUUCCUCUCCCUAUUCCCACCACAGAUGCUAUCUUUUACGCUGGGACCGGAACUCUGCUAUGUAGAUGUGAGGAUAAAGUGGUUACGUUCGACCUUACGCAAAGACUUGUCCUCGGUGAAGUUCACACACCGUCCGUUAGGCAUGUUGUUUGGUGGUCUAAUGAUAUGGAGAGUGUUGCUUUGCUCAGCAAGCAUACUAUCAUUCUCGCCAGCAAAAAACUUGCCCUCUUGUGCACGCUCCACGAGACGACAACACGUGUGAAGAGAGGAGCUUGGGAUGACGACAACGGUGUCUUCAUCUACACUACUUCGAACCAUGUCAAGUACUGUCUUCCUAAUGGGGACAGUGGAAUCAUCCGAACCCUGGAUGUCCCUAUCUACGUCACCAAGGUUUCGGGUGAUAAAAUCUUUUGCUUGGAUCGGGACGGGAAAAACAGGGAGAUCACCGUUAAUGCUAGUGAGUACAUGUUCAAGCUUGCGCUGAUGGGAAAGAGAUUUGAUCAUGUAGCGAGGAUGAUAAAAAGCUCUCGGAUAAGUGGGCAGGCUAUGGUUGCUUAA